UAGUCUUGCACGACUGCUCGAGUCCUGCGCUGCUAUCGAGCAUAUCGAUUUGAGGUUAGGUUUGGCAAGUAUUCCCGAACGUCCAAGGAUAGACUUGACCAGUUCGCGCUCGGCACGUCGACCAGUGUUUUAUCCGUUCCGGGAGAUAACACCGCGGAUUCCCGUCGUUCUGGGCGAACCUCCGUCGCGAUCUGAUUCGAGAAUGCGAGCCUUUCCGCGGCGUUUUGACAGUUGCUUUCCAGCAAUACGCACGCUAUAGUGAGGCACAUCGCGCGCAUAUGUAUGUACAUAACACUCGCAUCUACACAUCCUACGAUACGAGUGUGUAAGCGAGCGCGGUGACCGACAUCAUCAGACAAGCCAAUUCGCCGAGUUCUUCGCGAACUUCCUGGAAGUGGGUCCCGUGGUCGUUAGCGAACGUAGUCAUCGUCAUCGACAGCGCAGCCUAUGCAUCCAGCACGUUCGGUCUAAGUGCAGUCGUGCGAUGGUGCGCAGUCUCGGCUGCUGCAGCCCCAGAGGUGUAUGCACAUACAUACACGUAAAUACGCCGCGAAUCUCGCAAGCUCCGACCGCAACUUGUUCGGUUUUCCGGUGCACACUAUCUCUGGAAGAGCUAAUUCGUCUAAAUUAAUUAACAAAAAAGUAGCAGAACAGCCAAUAAGCCCAAGCCCAAUGAGCAAUUUAAGAUUUACAGUAGACUGCAAAGAGAGUUAGGAAGGUUAUCUCUGACAGAAUGCAAACUACAAACUAUCAAAAUCAUCAUUUUUCGCAGGACAGAUGUCUGCAGCUCACGUGCCACUGGCCUGGAGGUUCUCAUGUGAUAAUGUACAAAGUUGCAAGCCAAUGGUCGGACCAUGGAGGAAUCCUUAAGGUUCAGUCGACGACGUCGAAGCUCGGACGAGCGAAAGGCAUGUGUGUAAGGAGCAAGGCCGCGGAGAACGCGCGACAACGACGACGAGGAUGAGCAGUAGCAGCAGUAGCAGCGCCGAGCGUUCGAGUCUGAGCAAGCGCUCGACGGCGCGGACACGUACCGUAUCAGGUUCUGAGUCCGAGGCGUCCUGCGGCAGGACCGGUAAUGGCAGCGUCGUCCCCGCCACGGCAGCCACGGCAGCCACGGCAGCCAUCGCCGACUCGGACAACGUCAGCAGCAACAUCAGCCCGGACCGACUGAAGCGUAAGAAGCGAAGAAAAAAUGUCUACGACUUCAGCAAAGAUGAAAGCAAGCUCAGGCGACGUGUCCUCGAAUCGGGCAGGCGCAAGAAGCUUGAGCACGAGAUGAUUGAUAAGUUCAAGCUAAAGACCGCCUUCGUGCAGCUCGUCAGGCUUGAAGAUGAGCGUCGGCUGCAGGAGCGGCAACGGCAACAAGAGCAGCAGCUCGUCGCUAUUGCUACACAACCAAAGCCCGAGGAAGCGAGGAGAGACGUUGAUGAGGAAGAAAAGAGAGAAAAUAAGAGGGAAGAAGAAAACAAGGCAGAGGAGCGUCUGCGGCUUCCCGGGUUAACGCUUCCGGCCGAAGUCGACCCGAGGAUCUUACAACAGAAGCUUGUUGUCAAGAUCAACAAGCACCAGACCGAAAAGCUCCUCCAGAGCAAGCGCCGGCAACAGCAGAUCUCCGCCGGUACCAGUGAGUGCGCGGAUAGACUGACCGAAAAGUUGACGGACGGUUGCUCGUCGGACAAUAGCAACAAGUGUACCAAAAACGCAAACGUUUCGAGUUCUAAUAGCGGUAGGAAAGUGGCGCGAAUUCCCGUCGAUAAAAGUAAUAACGAUAGGCUUCCCGAUAAGUUGCUCAAGGACGAUUCCAAAUGCACGACGGAUUCGGCAACGCCGGCCGAGACGAGUGCCGGUGAGAGUCAGCCAGAAAGUUCCAAAAGUUUCGUAAAUAGUUGUAAAAGGCAAAAGUGCAACUCGCUCGAUCAAAACAGUAGUGAUAAGCAGUCCGUGAAUUCGCUCGAAGGCAGACCAAAGUGUCCAGAGGAAGCCGGCGAGAGGCAUCCCGAAGGUUCCGCUAAGGAUGCCAAGAGGUAUUCCAAAAACUUGAUUAAGGAUGUGAACGAGAAGCAGUCCAGUGUUUCCGCCAGCGGAGAUGCCAAGAAGGAUGAUAAGCAGCAGUCAGAGCUACCUUGCGAGAAAAGUAAGAAGGUAUCAACAAAGAGUGCUGUUGUCGAGAGUCAUCCCAGGCCCAGACGAAAUUUGGCCAGUAAGAACAGCGAGAGACAUUUGGACGAUUCUGUUGAGAAUAAUCAGUCUGAUAAACCUCUGGCGGAAAAUGAAAAACUUUCCGAGCAAGUGGAUAAAAGUAUCCAAGAUAGUUCCAAAAGUCAGAGUGACAGUCAUAAGAAGAUCACGCGAAAAGCUGCCGAGAAACAUGAAAGUCAUGUUGUAAGCGCAGUCGACAGCAAAACUGACGACAUCAAAAAGUCGGUUGAAGAACGCAGCAGAAAACAUUCAAAAAGGUUGGAUAGAAAAAUUGAGUGUUCCAAAAAUGAGACUGAUAAUAGUAAAAGAGUCGCAAAGAGAGUUGACGAUGAAAAUGAAAAAUCUAGUGGCAAUAUAACUAAGAGUUGUGUAAACUAUAUAGCUAAUUCUGUUGAUGAACCUGAAAAGCUUCCUGAAAAAUUAGUUAAAGAUGUUAAAGUGUGUAUUGAAAAUCAAAUUGAUAAUGUUAUAAAACAUACGAUAAUUGGUGGUGUUAAAAGUGAUAAACCUACUGAACAUGUUCUAGAAAAUGAUUUAAAUGGCACUCAAAAUGUUAUUGAAGAAAUUAGUAAUAGUCGAUCACAAAGUGUAGAUAAUAAUAUUCAGUUUUCCAAAAACUUUAGAGAAAACGAUAGAACGAUUCAAAAAGUUUCAAAAGACAUUGCACACAUUGUUGAUGAAUCAAAUAGCGAGCAUUCUAAAAAUUCUGACAUAAAAGUUACUAAGACUUUAAAAAUUGGUAUAGAAAAUAAUAAAAAACAAGAUAAGAUUAACAUAGUCAAUGGUCCCAAUGAAAAAUUUGUUGAAAAUUCAAUUGAUAUUCAUUCACACGAUGCGCCAAAUAUUGUAGAAAUGCCGAUUAAAAAUGAUUCCAUCAUUAAUAAAGAAAGUAAAAAUGUUCCUGAAAUCAAUCAAAGAUCCAAGAGGCGGUUGGCUGCAAAGACCAGGGAAGUUAAUACUGAGGUACCAACAGAAGACAGAAUAUAUUGUGAAGAAAAUUCCGUGGUUAAAACUAAAGAAAGGCUGAACAAAAAUUCUAAUAAGGAUGUCACUGAGUGCAAGAACAAUCUUGAAAUUGGUAAAAGAAGAACAAGAAAAGUAUCCGAAAAGAAAGAUGAUCGUUCUGAAACUUUGAUAGAGAAUAAUGCCGAUCAUACUCAACAAUUGCACGAAGAUGACAAAGAAAAAAAUUCUGAAAAGUCAAACAUCGAGGAAAAUACAAAGUUACAGACUGAAACCAUUAAAAAAGUGAAAAGGAAAAGUACUUUAGAAAUUGUAGAACAUUUUGUUGAAGAAAAUCAAAAAGUGCUUCCUGAUGAGCCUUCUAAAACUGUUAAAAAUUUGUCCAAUAUUCGAAUUGAAAAGAAAAUUGCUACUAGAUCAUCACAUCUCAAGCAAGAACAGCAUACUGAAAAUCCAGUAGAAAAUACUUCAACUAUAGUAGAAAACAGUGUGUUAGAACACACAGUCAAUGUUUCGAGUAAUACAGAUAAAAUGAAUUGCGAUGCCAAUGUUAGUACCAAUCCACCACCUGCCAGAAAAAGGGGGCGUCCAAGAAAAGUAUUACCUAUUUCCAAUUUGACAAAUGCUGAAGUUCUUGUAAAAAAUAAUUUAGAUUCACAGCAAAACUUGGUUGAAAAAGUAGACGAGAGGUCUAAACUUUCAAAUGAAAGCAAAAUGAUCACGAGGAAGUCGCUGCAUAAUAGACAUGAGAAACCCACGGAAAAUUUAGUCAAGCAUGAUUCAAAUAGUAUUGAUAAAUCUAUUGAAAUAAAUAAAGAUCGUUUACAGUUACCUGAAGAAUCACAAGAAAUAGUAAAGAUAUGCUCGAAAAGUCAGACAGAAAAUCAAAAGAGAGUCACUAGAAAAUCAUCACCCGAUAAACACGAAAGGCAAGCUAUCGAUAAUAGUGACAAUAAAAUUUCUGAAAAAGCGCAGAAAAAAGUAAAGGAGUGUUUAAAGAUUCAAAGUGAAGGUCUCAAGCGAGUUUCUACUAGAAAAUCAGCUCCUGAUAAUCAUGAGAAACAUCCUGAAAAUUUUGUUGUGAAUAACUUAGAGUUAGCGCAAAAUGCAACCGACGACCAUGAUCAAAUUCUCUCUGAAAAAUUAGAUAAUAAGGAAAAUUCCAAAACUCAGAUUGAGAUAAAGUCGAGAAUUACAAGAUGUUUACCUAUCAAACGAGACAGACAAUCUAAAAAUUUGGUGGAAAACAAUGUGGACUGUAUACAAACGCUGGUCGUCGAAAAUAGAGACAAAAGUUCGGAAAAUUUAGUUAAUAAUCUUAAAGUUUUUCCUAAUACUAAAAAACUUCGAAAAAAUUCCAUCGAUAAAACUAAUGAAACUAAUUCUGAAUUUUCCGUUGAAAAUGAUAUUACAUCUGCACAUGGUAUAAGUGAUGAAAAUAUAGAUAAUCAUACUAAAGCUCCCGAAUAUGAAAUUAAUAAGAAAACCAAAAGGAAUUGUAUUUCUAAGCAUGCUCAAAAUAAUACUGAUAAUAAUCUUCCAGAUCCUCAAUACUUGAUAGACUCAACUGAUGGAAAACUAGCUUCUACAGAUGAGAACAAUAUAUAUUCAAUGGGCGUUGUCACGGAAUAUAGUGAAAGUGGAAGACAAUCUGAAGAAUUUGAUAAGAAUAUCAAAAACUUACCAAAUGGUCGCAUCGACUACGAGUUUGCAAAAAGUCUUGCAGAAGAAAUUUUAAGUUGUGCAGAACGUUUGAUCGAAAGUAACGAAUUAUGUAAAAAUGUUUUAGCUGAUGUAGAAAAUAAUAAAGGACCAAAGAUGGAUACACAGAUACAUGCUGAAGAGUCAGAAAAGGAAGAUGCAGAUGAUCAAAGCUUAGCUAACAGAUAUCAAAAAGAAAUAGAAAGUAUUUAUCAAAACCGCAAAGAAUCCGCAGAUUAUGAUAAUAACAAGUGUGAGUCUGUAAAUCAAGAUGCGAUAUGCUGUCCCAAGAAGAUUGUUCCAGAGCAAACUCUUGAAACUAGUGAAAAUCAAUUUAAACAAUGUGCAGAACAGAGCUCUGAACCUACAGAUAAUUUGUAUUCGGAAGUCAAGGAGAGUACAAUACAGUCAGAUUACGAAUCCAUUGAAAACCCCAGUAAAAGUUUUGUUGCAUACAAUGAAAUGAAUUCUCUGGUAAGCAUAGGAGCAAGUACUACAAAUUCAAUGUUUACUGAAGAUUUUGAUGAAGUUAUCAAGUAUUUCUGCAUACCUGCAAAGAAUAAGAUUCGGAAUAAUGAUAAAAAUGUGUGUCAAACGUUGAAAGAAAGCGUUGGUGGUUUUCCAGAACCAACAACGAACGGUAUCGACGAUUCACUUAUCGACAUCAAUAGUUCUUUAGAGAACACACUUGAUGCUUUUGAAAUUAAGAAGACCGAGAACACGAAAAACAUUAGAUCGGCUCUUACGGAGAAUGCCAUCGAUACGUUUGGAUCGCAGUUCGUACCUCGUGUAGAAGAAGCGGUAAAACUUUCAAGCACUCUUUCUGAAAUUCAUGCAGAAGAUUCUGUACACAAUCAUGAAACAACGCUGGUGGAAUUAAGGAAAAAAUGUACCGAGAACUUGGAGCGGCGAUGCUCUGCAUCUCAAGAAAAUUUUACCGACAGUCCAGCUUAUCAAAUCUUACCUGCUGAAGAUUCCGGUGAUGUUGAGAGCGAUAAAAGUUCCUCAUCCUCGGACAGCUCUGGCGAGAACGGCGAAACGGAGAGCGAGGAAGGUAACUACCCAGAUAGUGUCGAUAGCGACGAGAACCUCGCAGAUCGUCUAGCCCAGUUGCACAAUUUGGAAAUUCCACCUCUCAACUCUUCUGACGACGCGGACUCCGGCGUUCAAACUACCGCUGAAGAGCAUCAACAACAUAAACGCAUUGAUAAGAUCGUUCUGCGAUGUCCACGUCGUUCCUUCCUCGAGAUGAACGCAAUCCCUGCCACAGCAAAACUGGAGUUCGACUGUAAAGAUUGCGAUAAAAGCUUUGUAAGUAAUCGAGAACUGCGAAAACACAUAAAAGUUCAGCAUCGUCAGCGCCUUGUCAUCAAGAUUCGUAAGACCGACGAGAACAAGCACGCUGCACAUAUUGUCGAGCAGCCUGUACCCAAGCGACUUUCAAAAGAGCAAGAGGAUGAUGACGAAGACGAAGGUAACGCUUCGGCAAGUCCUGAAAAGCUCGACGAGGAUGAGCUUGCACGCUCCAAUGAGGACGAGCGAAUCACAGAGGGCGAUAUCAAGAUCAUCGUGCGUAAGGAGGGUGGUUCCAAGAACUCGCACGUUAUUAAGGAGAUCAAAAUCACGCCAAAGUCAAACUCCGAUGGCGGUAACAGUACUCGCAUUCCCGGCUCCUCUCCAGCUAGAUCCGACUUCGGUAGUGGUUGCAGCAGUUCUCGUAUACCCGGCAGCUCACCAGCUCGUUCGGAUUUGGGUAGUAGCAUAGGUGGAGGUAAUAGCUGCAGAAUGCCUGGAAACUCACCGGCGAGAUUUGAUAUAGCACCCGCGACCAAUCCCGUAAAACGUGGUCGUGGCCGCCCAAAAAAGUAUCCGAUUUUCACUGAAGCUGAACUAAUUGCUAAACACCUUGGAUCUCCGACAAAUUCGCAAGUAAACAACGGCGCAACAAGCGCGAGGAAGAAAAAAGACGAGUCACCAUUCAUUGUUGAGGGCAUAUUUGGCAAGAGAAACGAGGACGAGCCACUGUUCGAGGCAGUAGAAUCAAUAGUCGUUAGACCAGAAUUUUUAUUGGACUCUCCUCAGAACGACGCUAUUGCCGAGACCUCGCUCAAAAUUAAUGAUAAUCACGCUGAGAACCAAGCGACCACGCCGAGUCCCGCAGUCGAAGAGGCACCAAGGUUAGAGCAGCCAAUUGUGGUUAAAGAGACUGGAACGGUCGAACCUUGCAUCAAGAGGAAACGCGGAAGAACGCUGUCUCAAGAAAGUCUGAUCUCAGCCGAGGCUAUUGCUGCAGCUAUUGUACAAGAAGAGAAAAAGCGCAAAGUAGCGGCCGAAGGUGGUACAGAGUCAGGAGAAAAGGAGUUUGCAGAUGAAUCCAGGAUCAGUCUAAUGCCGGAACGUAGUGUCAGUGAACCGGAUUUGCGCGCCAAAUACCAUAUCACAAAAGAGCUAGUCGUACAAUUGACUAAGUUAGACACAGUUCCUAAAGAAAACGAAGACGAUAGCGCUGAUGAUCCGGUUGACGACGAGACUGAGCCGACGAACGCUAACAACGAUGGGGAAGCCGAAUCUGCAGAUCCAAUGGAAGAGACGCCUCAGAGAAAGACCAAGCCGAAAAUAAUUGAGAGCGAAUUAAUAGAGGUGGGUGGUAGCCCAGAACCCGAUAUUAGAGCUGUCAUUAGGUUGAAUCUUAGACGAAAGCUCGAGAGUAACAAUAACAACUUAGUCGUCGUUAACAGUAUAGACAAGUGCCUCACGCCCUCGACGAGCGACAGUCCGCAACACAUAGCUAAGCCAGACGAAAUUGCAAGUGUCGAUAAUAAUGAUGCGACUGAGGAGAGUAAUGUGCCUAUGGAAAUCCAAGCAGCACCUCAGGUUGCCGAAAAUCAAACGCAAUUAGAAUUGCAAGCUCAGCCAGAACUGCAGCCGCAGUUACAGCCAGAACUGCAGCCACAGCUACAGCCAGAAUUGCAGCAGCAAACGCUAUUACAGUUGGCGGAAAUGCCGGCAAAGCCAUCGACGAGUAAGAAUAGCUGCGGUGACUGCAACUGCGAAUUCCAUAUUGACGAUGAUUUCGAUGCGUUCGAAGAUAACCAAACUCUUGUUCCAGAAUCUGAGCAACAGCUGAUUGCUGCGCCACAACCUCCAAUGAUUGAGAUGUCUAUGGUCGAUGCGGGCUCGGAAGAAAAGCUUCACAUGCUCAUGAAUGCACAGAUACCUUGUGACUCAGUCAACAACGUCAGCCCCACAGUCGUAUCUCAGUCAUUGCACUUUCACUCUCAGGUCCAAGGCCAACCGCAAGUACAGCCUCAGGUUCAAGUUCAGAUUCCGCUCCCACCGUUAAUUAGGCACCGAAUCCAGUAUCAACCUCAGCAGAUCCAACCUCAGGUACAACAGCUGCCACAAGCUCAAAUUCAGCUACCAUCACAUAUGCCGCUACCACCAUUAACCCAGAUCCAGAUGCCACCGCAGUCACAGGUUCCUGUACCAUCGCAGACACAAGUUCAGCUGCCACCGCAGGCGCAGGUUCCUGUACCAUCGCAGACACAAGUUCAGCUCCCACCGCAGGCGCAGGUCCAACUACCGCCGCAUCCUCAACUUCUGCAACUACAACAAGCAACUGAGAGUAUCCAAGCGCAAAUCCAGUUACCGCCGCAGGCCCAGCUAGUCCAAUUGAAUCAAUCGCAGCAGUUCUGCAUUCUUUUCUUCCCCGAAUCAGAUGGUAGCAAUUCUGCUAAAGACAGACCAACAACGGCAACGAUAGUCAAUUUUCAGCCGGUCCCUGACAAUGAGAUCGCUAAUAAGCCGCUAAUCUACAUGCCCACAACGCCUACUAAAAUUUCAAUUGACGAUCACGCUAAGCAGUAUGUCUGCGCCACAUGUUCACAGGUACUCGAUAUCAUCGGAAGACUAGAGGCUAGCCUUGGCAUGACUGAGGAAGAUAAAAGUGUCAUCAAGUGUCCAUACUGCUCGAACCACUUCCAGUCGCUGUUCUACCUUGAAUAUCACAUGAUGCAGGAGCAUCUCAAGUGCGAGAACGAGAAGCAGUGCCGACACGCGAGUUUCAGCAACCUGCGUAUUCCUUCCCACGAGGUAGCUUCCGAAUUCGAAAUCUACAUCACGUUCGCGCUCAAAUGUCGCAGCUGCUACGACAUCUUCAACACAGUGUUGCAACUUAACGACCAUGUGAUGCACAAACACAAGACCCUUGUACGGUUGAAGCCGUCUUCUCCGCCCUUCCCGGCUACACCAUCUGCGGGACCAGCGUUUCCUCCAGGCUCGCCGUUUGUACGGAAAAACAGUGGUCCUACUCACGUGGCUGUGCUUCAGUGUCCCAGCGACUGCGUCUGUCGCAUUGGCAUCCGGAGCACUGACAGUCCGCUUCAGCGACAGCAGAUGCUCAAACGCUGUCCGAAUGCCAUGCGUCGUCUGGAGAAGAUUGAACCCGCAGCUUAUGAGGUUUAUACAUGCACGCUUUGCAAGAGUACAUUCCUGAUGAAAGACGAAGUGGUGGAUCAUCUGAUGAAAAUGCACGAGGUCUCUUGUAAAUAUCCUUGCUACACCUGUCUGACAAGCUUCCGCAGUUUACAAAUGCAGGAGAAUCAUCGCUGCUCCGAGACGACGCUCCAGGACCUCGACAAACUCCUGAGCAUCGCCAUCUUGCCGGUCAAUGUUACUAGCUCUAGUAAAGACGAUCGCUCCAAGUAUUUGGAGCGCGAGGACUCGUCUACCGACGAGUACGACGCAAUUAAAACAGCAGCUGCCACAGCAAGUAACAAUAGGCCCUCGCCCGCAGCCACGCAGCCGCAGGCUUCGAAUGGCUACAAGCGAAAGAACGGCGAGACUGUUGCGGCAUUGCAGAACUUUUUAAUGGCAAAUGCGGCAAAAAGAGCAAAAUUCGCAUCUGAGCCGAUGACGACAGUCCAGAUAGCGAGUUACAGAAGGAGAAGAGUGUGCCCCAAGUGUAAGCUUAAGUUUGCUAACAGACAGGCUUUGCAACAUCAUGUUGUCUACGAUCACGUGCUAAAGGGAGAUGUUAACGUAGGACCUAGGAAAAUCGCAAUUGAUUUGCUGAGAAUACUCACCGCUGAUUGUACGGAUGGUGAAAGUACGAGCGAAAUAAAUGAAAUACUGAAAGGACUUAGCAACGAGGACGCCAACUUAGUGAAGAAUUUGAUGUCACUCAAUAUGGACGAAGAGAAUAGAUGGGAAAGCAGUAAUGGCAAUGAUUCGACCAAUGGCCUAGAGGUUGCGCAGUGCAGCAAUUGUAAGACGAAAAUCACACUGUCUGCAGAGACUGGCAACCCUUCGGAACAGAACAACCAUCAGCAGUCCAAUGCAGAGUCUACCAAGCUCUUACUUUGUGAAGGCUGUGAGAAUGGCGGUCCGAAGACACGUCGCCGCACUGUCGUCAACAAUGGCCACCACGAUAUUAAAAAUACGAUAACGGAUGCUCAAGGCCAGCCGCUAGCAAUCAUACAUCCGUAUGCUUGCAAAAAGUGCUCCGAAUCAUUUCCUUCUCUCCUGGAGUUAAAGUUCCACAAGCGCAGUACUCACAAUGUGGAUUGCGAUAUCUGCAAAAGGUCAUUUACCUCCUUGCGUAUGCUUGAGAAACAUAAGAAGACUCACCGUGAGUCCAGCCUCGAAGACUUGUCCAAAACAACCAUGGAGGAUGACAAUACAAGCAGCAGUCAGAUUGUUAGUGAAAGCAGCAAGGACAACAGUGAGGCAAACGACUCGCUCAACGAAAAGGGAAAUUCGUCGAACCGACGCGACUCAUCCGAUAGCAGUAGCGGCACUUCCAAAGAGCCUGAAGAACAGCCUCUUAAUUGCUCUUUUUGUGAGGAGGUCUGCUCGUCAAAAGUCAGCCUGAAGAAUCAUCUGAAGCGCGAGCACGGACGACGCGCUUCUAUUUGUCAAUUCUGCAACGGUCUGCUAAUAGAUACGAGUGAGGUGCGUCAUAUGCUAGACUAUCACAUCGUCCCGAGCAAAUCCACUUCACGCAGCAUUCUCGCCAAAAGCAACGGCACCAUCCUCCAUUGCGAGGCCAGUUGCAUGCAAGAUGACGUAGAAGAGCUCGUACGCACUCUUGGGAAGCACAGACUGCAAUCGCUUAUGAUGUACCACGACUUCGAGGGCAAGUGUAAUAACGCAAUAAUGCGCUGUCCAAUGUGUCCAGAGUUGUUUGCCACGCGGGAGUCCUGCAGAUUUCACUACGUCUGGAUCCACGAUGAUACUUGCCUGCUAUGCGACGAAACAUUCAGAUCGGGCAGCAGUGCCUUCCAGCACAAAGUAGAUGCGCACACUUCCACCGCAAGUUACCUUUGGUGCAUACAACGUCUUGUCACCGCCAUCGUUUACACUCUGAGGCUCGAUCCUGACCAGCCAUCGCAUGUACUGUACCAGAUGCUUGCCAUGAGGAUUGAGAAUGAAGAGGCCGCUGUUUUGCAGGCUGAGCAGGUAACUGUGAGAGGCGCAACUGGAACUACCGAAAAGACUGGCAGCGAGGAGCCGGCCACUGAUCCCGAACGCUUUGGCCUGGAGGCUGUUGUACUGAGCGAGGAUCAGCUGCCCGACUCUAGCAACAUAAUUGAAGUUGUCAUUGGUAAGGAAGACUCAGAGGACGACCUCCUAUCCAUGCUUAAUUUGUCGCCAAGCUACGAGAGCUGCAGCGAGCAGCACAGGAUGCCCAAUGCCGGAUCAGCUCCGCCCGAGGAAGAAGAAGACGAAGAGACUGUAGCUGCCGCUGCAGUAGCUGCGAUGGCCGUCAGCUCGGCGCCGACAACACCUAUCCUGAGCUCAGCAGCGGCUUCAGUGACAACGACGCCGACAGGACCAACGAACACGACGGCCAGUCCUGUUGUUGAUAAUUACGUCACUUCGGGUGUGUGUAAAUAUAGGCUUGAAAACGACGAGGAGCAACUCGUUCUGGUCGUUACCGAUGACGAUCUCGUCACCUUCAGGGACGAUAUUGGCAGCUUGGCUGAAAGAAUAAGCACGACCUGUGACUCGCUGACUCUCGACGAGAUCACCGAGAUGCUCAGGGCCUACUUCGAAAGCGUCAACGGUGUGACGAGCAGUGGCGCGAGCGCGUGAGACAAACUGCAUCUGCUCUUCCUUCAUUCUGUGCGUGUGCAAUCUUUGAAGACUUGAGAAGAGGGAAACAAAAACUGAGUUAGCGCGUAACCGUGUUUAAUAUGUAUAAUGUAUAAUGUAAUAACGAUUUGACGGUGAUUCCCCCGAUGUUUUUCGAUUUAUCUCUAUCUCUUUAUAUAAAUAUAUAUAUAUAUAUAUAGCUGUCCCUUGUCUCUCCGAAAUAUUUCUACUACUUUUACCCGAGCGAUUUAAAUGAGGAGAAUGAUUAUGAGAUAUGUACGCGUGAUACAUACCUUGAUGACGCCUGGCUGGGAAAUUUCGUUGCAAAAACAGUGAUAAACAUUGUUAAGCCGCGUUUUUGGUUGAUAGAUAUAGAUUGUCGAAAGUCGUUUUGGUUCUCCUUUAAUUCUAGCGCGCAACACGAGGGAAUCUGAAACUAUGUUCAUUAAUGAGCAUAACGAGAGUAGCGCUGAUCUCGGUGUUAAUUGUUAAAAUAAAAAACAGUGGUAUGUAAAUUGUGAAUGAAUUUGCGCUAUUAUCGAGCGAGAAUUUAUUAUUGUUCCAAACUGAUGCAGCCAAAAUUAAAUGAAUACAUAAUACUUAUGGACUUUGGUCACGAUAAACGAUGUUCUCAGUUAAAACUGAAGUUAUUGAUUAUCGUAAGCAAAUUGCAGGUUCUAGUUGCAUCAAUGGUAGAUCUCUUUAUCCGACGCAUAAAAAAUUAAAUAUAAUUAAUUGAUAGUCAUCCAAGUAUCAAAAUAAAAUCGCAUGUUUUAGAUCCGUUGUUAUGUACAGUUCUGAGGUACAACUAACGACAGUUUUCACAUGUAAAAUUUUAGUUGCGAUUGAACGGCAGCAAGCAGAGCUUGCCAACGCUUGUAUUUGAAAAUCAUGAUUUUUUACACGCUUUCUGGAUCGUAUGGAAUGCUCAUAAUUAACUUUAAUUUUAACAAUUGGUAUAUAAUCAGCCUUGACCAAAAGAGUUAGGAAUAAUUUAUUUUCUAAAUAUAUUAAAAUUGUUUUCAAUGAAAUGUUCCAUCCAGGAUAUCUAAAGAUAUAAAUAUUUUUUCAUUUUUUUCGAAGGCCAGCGAGAGUCCAGUAUUUUCUUUUCUUUAUUUUUUCUAUUUUAUUUCUCCUCUCAACCUUCUUACUUAUUUUUUCGUUCGUUUUUAAUUGUUGAAACGAAAACGAGGCUAGGUUGGGUGCCUUUUUUCGAAUUUUCCUGUCCGUGUGUGGGGCAAAGGUGCUGAGAAAUUUUUGCCAUCGGACUGGAUGACUUUAAUCAUAGGAUUUAACUGUUUUGCAAUUUUUUUUUCGUUGGUUGAAUAUAUACAUAAGAUAUAAACGUGUAUGUACAGUUCUUGAUAAUGAUGAAUAUUAUUAAAAAGAAAAAAAUGAGAAACGUUUGUAUCCAACUAAGAGUAUAGAGCUUUCCUACGUACGUUCGUUACGUUUUUGUUUACAUUCGACAUUUUUAUAAUGAAUAGUAGAAAUGAAAAAAAUAUAAAAAGUACUACGAGAAACCGCCAUAAUUUACACCUGCGAAUUAUCAACGCAAUUGUAACAGUUACUGUCAGCGAAUAAAAUUCUUCAGAUAUUUCGUA